AUUUAUUAUGCUUGUGGCACAUCAACAAGUGUGUUUUGGCAAAGUGCAAACUCUAUGUUGGCACAGAUGAUUUUGCUGAGUUGGUUAUGAUGAAGUGGGCAGAGGUGGUGGAUGCUGCAACAGUUGAAGAAUUUGAAGUGAAAUGGAUGCAAUUGUUUAAUAUGUGCAAGGCAAAAUACAGCAACUUUACCUCCUAUUGUUCUACUACAUGGUUGGUUCACAAGGAGAAAUUCGCCAAGGCAUGGACAAAUCAUGUGAUGCACUUUGGAACAACAACAAGUAACAGGGCUGAGGGUGCACAUGCCAGUUUGAAGAAGAUGUUACGGGAUUGCAAGGGUGACCUGGCCACUUCAUGGGAUGCGUCGCAUAGUUUGACAUGUAAUCGACAUACUGAAAUAUUAGCAUCGUUUGAGCGCAGUAUUCACAGAAUUGAUCACAUUUUCAUGUUCCCAUUUUACACAAAUAUUAGAGGAUUUGUGUCAAACAAAUGCCUACAGCUCAUCGACGAUGAACAUAUAAGAAUGAAGUCCUACGGCGGAUGCGAUUGCUUGUUGAGAGAGACUCAUGGACUACCUUGCGGUUGUGAACUUGCAGGUUAUGAAAGAAUUCCAUAUGAGUCAAUUCAUCCAUUCUGGAAGAGACUGAGUUGGGAGCAUGUACCUGAACCUGUUGCAGAUACUACCAGCAACCAUAUUUGCGGCAUGAACCAUGGAGAUAUGCAACCAGAAGUUGAGGCAUUGACACAUUAUUUCAGUUCUUUGGAUACUGGAGGGCAGAGUAUGGUAAGGAGGAAGCUUCAAGCGAUCUAUUGUCCUGAAAGCAGUUCACUUUGUACUCCUGCGGUUAAGAUAAGGUCCAAGCGCACUCUUAAGGCGAAUGAGAAAAUACCACCUAAGAAUAAAGCAAUAGGAUCCUUGACUCGUGAUCUUUCAGGUUUUGAACAUGUUGAUAGGGAGAUCAGAGAGGCAAAGAAGGUUUCACAACCACCAAAGAAGAAGAAGCGUGUGAAGAAGUCUGAUACAAGCUAUUUCAUGGGUCAUUUUCCAGCCUUUUUCCACCCAUAUAUACAAACAGUUCAGAAUGUUGAGGAUGAUGGUAACUGUGGCUAUAGAGCCGUUGCUGCAUUACUCGGACUACCAUCAGGUGAGGAAAGUUGGUCAUGGGUUAGGGCAGCGUUGAUAGAAGAACUUGAACGACACAGAGGGUUGUAUGAUGAAAUGUGGUCCAGACAUGUGGUUAAUGCCUUACAUUCCCGACUCACUCUUCCUCCUGGUGAUCCGGCUACCGAGGAUAAAUGGAUGCAACUGCCAGAGAUGGGAUACCUUGUAGCAACCAGGUUCCAAGUGGUUUUCAUAUCCAUCUCCUCUACGGGUUGUUGGUCAUACCUUCCACUAAGAGGAGAAGGUCCACCGGAUGUACAUCCUGUUAUAGCUGUUGGUCAUGUGAUUAAUCACUUUGUACAGCUCCAUCUAACUCCUGGACAUUCUAUGCCGCCAAUUGCUCUCCAGUGGGAACGGUAUGUUGAUCCUACAUCAGUAAGCUGGUGCGCCCCAUAUGGUACACGUUUAGGAAGAUUCACAUCAGAAUACGAAGCUUGGCUUGUUACUUUUGGUGUUCCUCUUAUUCACCAAAGCUAUGUAGACAUCACCUCAGAUUGACACCACACUUUUGUGUGAUAUUCAUUUGUAAACGCUCUGUAAUAUUAAUCUGAUGGGCCUUGCCUUUAUGAUGUUCAUUUGUUGCUUUUAAUAAUAUUAAUUUGAUGGUCAUUGUUAUAUUGAUGGGCCUUAUUAUUUUGAAUCAGCAUCAGGGAUAAUUAACAUAGACAACCACUCUGUCAUCAGAGUCCUGUCAUUUUCAUCCACCCCAUCAUCAGAGUCCUGUCAUUUCCAACCACCCCAUCAUCAGAGUCCUGUCAUUUCCAACCACCCCAUCAUCAGAGUCUUGUCAUUUUCAUCCACUAAAUGACGAACUUGAAACCUGACAUUACUAUCUACCACCAACCAACCCCAACCACACUUGUAUUAUCCACCAAACACCAUAAAUCUUUUGACCAUUCUGCUAUAAAUCUCUCUGGGUUCUUUAUUCUUCUUCAUCCUUUUCUUCAUGUCUUGCUUUCGAAGAUAAAAAAAACAAUGGAACAAGACUGGGAUGCAUUAGUCCGCCGUUGCAAACGUCAAGGCAGCACUUCUAGCAGCUCUCGUCCUCUCAUUCAUGGGCCAGCUGGCGCCGUCCAGGCUGCCAUGUAUGGGCGUAGAUCCAACCCUAACACACUACUCAUUCCGACCCAAGAAUUUGUGAGGCGUGCGCUCGAAGACAGAUCAACCGAAACCGAUCCUGAUUUCAAUUCAAAUGCUUGGCUUACAGCCCUGCAAUUGGUGGAAUCUGCCACUCCGCUGGGCACAAUCACAACGAAUGUUGAGAGAGUAGAGAGUGUUGUUGCUGUUAUUAAAUCAUGCACUCCCAAUGGUUUCGGAGAUGCCAAAGUUACCCUCAAGGUAUUUGCUCGCUUUUGUCCAGCUUCUUUAACCGUCAAUUUGUUGUCUCAUUUUCUCUCACGAUUGCAUUGAUUUAGGACCCUACGGGCACCGUUGACGCUAGCGUCCAUCGCAAGGCCUUCACUGACGGGGAAUUUAGGAAUGUCAUAACUGUUGGAUCUGUUCUUGUUCUCCAAAAGGUUGCUGUGUUUGCACCGAGUAAAUCUGUUCGUUAUCUGAAUAUAACGUUGCCCAACAUAGUCAAAGUAUUUCCACAGGAUAGCGGACCCCACGACUUCAUCGAUAUCACUGAGGAUUAAUUUUGUUUUCGUGUUGCUUCUGAAUAAUUUCGUGUACCCU